CCGCCCUCUCACGUCAAGGCCAUUAGACCCUCCUCUCAUCUGAACUUGUUCACAACCUCUGUCACAAUGCGUAUGCGAGAAGGAUACGAGAGCUUCACCGCCCUGCAAUGAUUCCUGGAUUCAAUCAUGGACGAUAAUCAGUUACAGACCAGUUUCUCUGUAACUGUGAUCUUUCUCAAUGAGACCGACAUGAAGCAAGAUCUGCCGGAUCAACAUCAGGAACUCACGCUUCACGUGCACCGACAGCUGGAUGACGUCUCUCUCACCAUUAAUAAUGAUGCUGGAGUUUGUGUUUUUAAGUUCUCGAUCACAAGGGAGACGGAGUGUUGUCGGGUGGCCAGCCGCUCAUUCCUCAUCACACUGGGCUGUUUCAGUAUCCUCAUGCGCUUCACCUCUCAAUCAGAGUUUCAGGGCUUCCACAGAAUGCUGAGCUCAUGGAUUGACCUCAGGACAGAUCAGUCUGUGUUUCAGCAGAGAACAGAUGAUUCAUCUGCAGUACAGUACUUCCAGUUUUAUGGCUGUCUGUCCCAGCAGCAGAACAUGCUUCAGGAUUACCUCAGGACUGCAACGUACCAAAAAGCCAUUUUGCUCAAUGACGUUGACUUCAAAGACAAAGUGGUUCUUGAUGUCGGCUGUGGAACAGGGAUAUUAUCCUUCUUUGCCGUCCAGGCCGGGGCUAAGAGAGUUUACGCAGUGGAGGCCAGUUCUGUGGCCAAAUAUGCAGAAAUUUUAGUGAAAAGCAAUAGCUUGUCCGACAAAAUCACAGUUUUGUCAGGAAAGAUUGAGGAAGUUUCCUGUCCAGAGAAGGUGGAUGUGAUCAUCUCAGAGCCCAUAGGCUACAUGCUCCUCAACGAGAGGAUGUUAGAGAGCUAUCUACACGCCAAAUACUGGUUAAAACCCAAAGGAAUGAUGUUCCCUACCCAGAGUGACAUUCACCUGGCUCCUUUCACUGAUGAACAACUGUACAUGGAGCAUCAUGCCCGCUCCAACUUCUGGAAUCAGAGGUGUUUCUAUGGAGUGAACUUGAGCGGCCUUCAUUCUUCUGCUUUGGAUGAGUUCUUUAGACAGCCAAUAGUGGACACAUUUGAUAUGCAGAUUCUCAUGGCCCGGUCUGUGAAAUACACAAUCAACUUUCUGGAGGCAAAAGAGGAAGAUUUACAUCGGUUGGAAAUUCCAUUUGUCUUCAAAUUGCUGCAGUCAGGACUAAUUCAUGGACUUGCUUUUUGGUUUGAUGUGGCCUUUGUUGGCUCAAGGAUGACAGUAUGGCUGUCAACUGCUCCAAAUGAACCUUUGACUCACUGGUAUCAGGUGCGCUGUCUUCUGCAGACCCCCCUCUUUGCCAAAAUGGGACAGACAUUAUCUGGACAGGUUCAUCUAAUAGCCAACAAGAGACAAAGCUAUGAUAUUCACAUCACUGCUGUGGUUGAUCAGUCUGGAUUUAAAUCUGGGAACACACUGGAUUUGAAAAAUCCUUUUUUCCGUUAUGCCUGAAUCAUUCUCAUCAAAGAAAACGAAGACUGCAGGUCUAUCACUCAACAUUGCAGAUAAAAUAUACAAUAUUACUACUCAGAUUAUAAUCCACAAAUCUGAAUCUAUGAACCCUUCUGUAAAAUCCAGCAUAAGGUAUGUUUUGCAUGCUGGGACCAGCAUGGGAUGUGGGAGUGCUGGUAAACCAGCUACACCAGCUCAGUUUUGCUUGAGAACAGCAUGGUUCACCAGCUAGGCCAACCCUAUACCAGCUCUAACCAGCAUAAACCAGCCUGGACCAGCAUGGAAUUCAUGCUGGUUUAAAGUAGAUUUUUCAGCAGGGAAGGUUCUGUGUGCAUGUGAUAUUGUGAUAUGUGAUAUAUAUUAAUAAAAACAAGGUUACUGAA